GUCGAGGUAAUUUUUCUUCGUACAUUGAAGGCGAUAAAGAGAUGCAGUAUGAUAGUAGUACAAUAGUGGUAAGAGACAGCUGCGGAGACCACAAUACGUGCGAUCUUACGACUUCGAGAAACUGUACUGUGCGUGACGUAUUUUGCUCCUGAUACUUUACUCGUGAGAAUUCUCAGAAUCUUCGCUCGAGUCCCCGUCUCUUGAGUCAAAGAUGAUGCACACUCUCCCCUUGUCAUUCGCGUUAUUGACAUACACCGGCUAUUGGCGGCCUGUCGGCUGGCCGUUGACUUCAAUCAAGUAUCGGGCGUACAAUAUUUACUCUGUCGUUAUGAUCCUUUUACUUCACUCGUUCGCAUUUUGUGGUCUGGUCGAUUGCAUCUUGAUCGAGGAUCUCAACAUCUUCAUCGAGAGGUUCUCGUUGUUUCUGUCAGUGCUGGGCGUGUGCUGCAAGAUGAUGAACCUGGUGAUACGUCGAGACAGAAUUAUCGAUUUGACAGAAAUGCUGCUGGAUGAAAGUUGCGUGCCUAGGGAUAAUUACGAGGCGAACAUCCAGCAACGAUUCAAUCGUAACGCGAAGACGAUCACUAUCUACUGCGAGAUAUUGAACGAGUCGGCUGUCUUUUUCGCUACAGUCGCUCAAUUCCGGUAUUUCGCCAACACUCGCACUCUACCGCUGUCUGACUGGAUGCCCUACGAUAUCACAUCGACGACUGUCUUCUGGGCCACCGUGCUGUACCAGACCAUCAGUUUGAUAGUCUGCGCGAACGCCAGCGUCGCUCACGAGACACUUAUCUCCGGUUUCAUGCUACAGAGUUGCGCCCAGCUGGACAUACUUUGCCAUCGCGCUCGUAUGUUGCCGGAUACAUUGAGAAGAGAGUCCCAAAAGUGGCGUAAUUGCACCACAAAGGGAAAUCCGAAGGCGCAAGAACGACGGAUAAUUCGCGAGUUUGUUCGUCAUCAUCGCUAUGUAUAUAGACUCGCAGAACGUAUAAACGCGGUGUUUGCGCUGAUGAUCUUUGUGCAGUUCGUCGUGAGCUCGAUGGUGCUCUGUCUGAGUAUCUACAAGAUGUCCACGAAGAAUCUGUUGAGCUUUGAAUUUGUGUGGAGCUUAUCUUAUCUGGGUUGCAUGCUAAUGCAGAUCUAUUUGUAUUGCUGGUUCGGUAACGAAGUAACACUCAAGAGCACUGAGGUCGGUACCGCCGUUUACGAGAUGGACUGGGGGAUGUUUCCCGUCGACUUGAUGAAAUCUCUCUUGCUGAUUGCCACGCGUUCCAAGAAAUCCAUCAGGAUAACCAGCGGUUAUAUGAUCGCCUUAUCCAACGAAUCGUUCAUGAAGAUCAUCAAAAUAUCCUACUCGGCAUACAACGUUCUGAAGGAUUCUGAAGGAUAGAGCGACGUAUCCUCUUCGACCUUAAGUCGCAAGAAAAAUUUGGUGGCCAAAUAUAAUUAUUUUCAUAACUAAGAAUUACAAUUGAUAUUCAAGUUCUACAUAUUUUUUUUUUUAACUUUUAUUCUCAAAAUGUCUCUUGCGUAAUUCGGGGAUUACGCUGCGUUUCUUCCACUGAUAGACCCGACACUUUUAUCUUGAAACGUAGGAUCGUUAAUGAGGUGGCAAAAGCAAUUUGCAGCAAUCGGGAAUAAAUUGCAAACGAUGUCGUCUUCAUGGGAGAUGUUUAUCAAUUACGAUAAAUAAGUUCCUGCUUGCGCUAUGUCCUGUAUUUUAAAUUGAUAUCAUCGAUUAUUUUGCAAGGAGCGCGGUUAUUUCUGAUAAUAGAAAAUAUAUUACAGUAUUUAGUGACGUUCCAUCUUACUUCCAUCUUACUUUCAUCUUAUUCAUGAUUUUA